AUGAAUAUCAACAGCCUUCGAUCUAGCAAGUCCUCCUACGGGGACCCACGAUAUCUCUCGACCGUAACCGCCUCCGACGGCCAGCCACCACCGCUCGCAAAAGCCUUGGUCGACGGCUAUCGAGAUGCCCUUAACCCGCAAAAUGGAGACCGCUCGCGGUACAACCCGCUGAAUUCGGUCCAUCCGCGCAGCUCCGCCCUCCUGAACGCCAACGACCCGAUCACCAUGUAUUUACUCACGGAGACGGCCAUGGGGGACAGCAUGAGCUACGAGGUUCUGUCCUAUGAGGAGGUGGAAGACCUCAAAAAGGAGAACAAGCUACUGUCCAACCGCAUCGAAGGCACGAAGCGGAAGUUGGCCCUGGAAAUCAAACUUCGCGAUGCAGCUCAAUCUCUUGGCCGACUCUACAACCCCGAAAGCCCGCGGAGCAGCGGGGAGUAUGGUGCCAACGGUCACCGGAGAAGCCGAAGUUUUUUUGGACGCAACGGGGCCACUGGUGCGUCAAACAAAAGCGACUCGGAACUGGCGAUCGCCCAGCGCAAGUGUGAAGAGCUAGCGCAGGAGCUAUGGAGAUUGGAACGGAGGUCUCAGCAGAUUCAUCAGCGGCUGUUGGAGCAUACGGCGGGUGUCUUGCAGAUGACCCACAAGGGGUUGAAGAAGCCUCCAAAGGACCGGGGCUCGGAGGGCGGUUACGAUGGCCAUGAAUUCGACGACCGCAGUCUGUACCGAACACCGGAGCACCUGGAUGGUAUGGGUUGGUAUGGGAAGGAUACCAACGGCUCGGCGCCAAUGAGCAUGGGUGCCAUGCAGAGCACGGAGAGGAGGCUGGAAGAGCUCAGUGAGCGUAUGCGCAAUAUGGUUUUACGAUCCAACCCCGAUGGAGACUUUGAUUCGCCACCGCAGCUGUCGGGUGAUGGUGGUCCAGUAAAUCCGAUGGCAACGGUCGAGGCGCACUUGAUGUACAUCGAAAAUGGCCUUGACGUCCUCAGCUCGGGGGCGGGCGUGGCUGCUCCAGCUCCUGAGACCGAGGAUUCGUGGAGACACCAGCUUGCCGAUGUCAACAAACAGUUACAGGCCAUCGUUGACCGGUUUGGCUUGACGCGCUCUCCAACACUGCCUCCGCCUCCGGAUGCAUCUCAGGGGGAUGGGCUACAGGAGCUCCUUUCGUACCUACAGACUGGCGUGGAUGGCCUGGAGAGCCGUGUGAACGGACUUCUCGAGCAGAAGAGCAUUCUGACCACCCAGAUUCAGCAGCAGCGCGAGCUUAACUCCAAGUCGGAUGCAGAACGAGAUGCCCAUAUCAACGACCUCAACGAGCAGCUCACGCAGGUACAGAGGGAUCUGGAGUCCUCUCGAGCCGAGCUGGAAUUGAUACGCGCAGACGGAACCCCUGGAGACAAAGCUGCGGCAGCCGAAGAGCUUCGAGAAGCUCGUGAACGUGCCGAGCAAGAGGUCGGAGAGCUGGAGGCUGCCAUGCAGCAGCUCCGCGCCGAAUCCGAUGAGCGCGUCAAGGAGGCGCUAGACCAGCGUGCGCAAGUCGAAGAAGAACUUCAACAAGCCAACGAGGCUCGCGCUCAUGCCGAGGAAGAGGCCAAUCGCGUACAGAGCGAGACGACUGACCUCGAAAGCGAGCUCGCGCGGGUUACCACCGAACUGACGAUGGUCAAGGCCGAGCUGGACGGUGCCUAUGGUUCUCGUGCGGAACGGGCCACCGAGUCCGCCGUCGACCCCGAAAUCCAGAACCAGAUCGAUGCUCUGAGCACCCGGAAUAUUGAGCUCACCGAGGAGCUUGCAACACUCAAGGGUCAGCAAGGCGGCGGCGAUCUCCAGCAGCGGGCGAAUACCCUGGAGAAGGAACUGCGGGAGACCUUGGAUGAUUACGAGGCGAUGACCAAAGCCAGCAUCGAGUUCGAGAAGGAGCGCGAACGGUUUGAGGGCGUUAUCGACAACCUGCGUGAGCGGACCGAGCAACUGGAGAUGCAGCUCAAUGAAGAACGUAUCAAUCAUAUGAACCUGAACAGCCCCGGAUCCAUGGGUCGCGAGGGUCCCUCGGAGACCACCUCGACCAUGGUGCUGAAGAACGAGUUCAAGAAGAUGAUGCGUGACACACGUAACGAGAAUAUGAAGAUCUUAAAGGCGGAGCAAGAAGAGCGCCGGAGAAUCGAAGGACUGCUGCGGUCGCUGCGCAAAGAACACGCGCAAGUGACGGGCAAGCCGAUGCCCAGUCCAGGCACUCCCUUAUGA